AUGCAGGCGAUGCAUUACUACACCACACAUCUGCCCAUGCGUGCUUCGGUGGUCUGCAAAGACAGACGGAUGCUUUUAAAAAGGGUUUACCAGCUACUGCCGGCGUUGGUGGCCGCUGUUGGAGGGGACGCCUCAAAGCUAAACGCGGUCCACUACGCAGGAGUGUGGGGACGCUUUAAGGAGAUCGCCAACCGACAUAGCGGGAAUAUCUCCGGGGAGAGUCGACAAGAUCUUAUCGGUCCCUCUUCUGUCGGCGCUCCUGAUCGGAUUGAUCCACUUGUGCGAGCCCUCAAGCGUAUCAGUUAUUCCGCGGUUUUAUUGGCCUUCGCGGCGUUUUACUGCGGUGCCGUUCCAAAGUCCAAACAAAUCCAGGUGUUCAGCAAGGAGGUUGGGAUAUGGCAUCUGAACCGUAAACCCUCCGCGGAGGCGAACGCCCAAUCGCACAAGGCGUCCACGCUUUCUGCUUCCGCACACGUCAUCAACGUUCAGCAGCUUCUGCUUAUUUAUAAAGCCAUGCGAGAUAUGUGUAAGCAGCAUCUAGAUAGCAUGGAGCUGACAUCGGCGGAGAUGGCUGCGCACUACAUACAUGGCUUGGUUGCCUGGGGGCUUUUAACGCCGACAGUUUCACAAAGGAAAAAGAAGUUUCACUGCUGGAUCUCGAUUAGCACAGCCCUACAGCUAGGAAAUACUUUGUCUUUGAACCUUUUUGAGCUUAUACCGACCUAA